AUGCGUGCAGCAUCCCUCUUCACCCUCAUCGGCACCUUCGCCCUCGGAGCUUUAGCGGACGGAGCACCCUGCCUCACCGACUCCGCCGCCUCGCGCGUCGCCAACAACUUCGCCGCACUCAUCCGGUCAUACACCCCCGAGCUCGCGGAACAGGCCCUCUGCACCGACUUCACCGACUACUCCGACUCGGUAGCCGAGCUGAUCAACUCGGGCUGCCCCAACGGCCCGCAAGCCCUCGGAGCGGCCACUUUCACCUCCCUGGCCUCCUUCAUGGCCGGCCAGGGCUCGCAGCCCGCCAUCCCCUUCGAGAUCCUCAACACCUGGCACAACUGCGACACCGUCACGAUGCGCUGGCGCACUUCCGCCCCGGGCACCGUCGUCCCCGAAGAACCCGUCACGGGCAUCGUCGUCAUGGAGACCAUCUACGCCGGAAGCGGCAACGACGAGCCCUGGCUCAUCGAAACCGUCUACUCCGAAUUCAACAGCGGUGCUUGGCUGUACGAUCUGGGCAUCUUCGUCCCCACCGCUUGCAAUGCUACGGCGGCUAAGCACAGGCGUAAUUUGAACUUUCGACCGGCGAGGAGAUUGCUCUAG